AUGGGGUCGAGGCGUCUUUUUCAGGCCAGUUUUGUGGCAUUUGUUUUGUAUUUUGAUUCUUUGCCUUCCUCUUCCUUUGGCUUCCAACUGAGCGUUGCCAAUGAAACGCCCUCCACAGGAGAAGAAGGCCUCCGCAGCCAACCCUUCCUGGGCACGGCAGACGCCUUCAAACCUCCCCUCUCCUCGAACCCCAGCUUUCUGCAAAAACAACUGCUUAAGCGACUCAGAAGAGACAAGAAAAAGACGCCGCCAGUUCCGGAUAUCAAUUCACGAGUAGAGAAGAACCUAGAUCUGCCUUUUUCAGCAGCUGCAGACGAGAAGCGCUCGGAUCCUACAGUGCCUCAACUCCCCUCUGAGUGUGUCCCAUCGGGAAUGCGAGCUCCUCCGUCUGAAUGCUCCGGCAUUUAUGGAGCUGAUUGGGGGCUGAAGGGCCGAGGCGCCUCGGGGAGCCUUCGCCGGGGAGGCCCAAGUCGGGGCAGCGUCGCAGUGCCGCAGGUUUCGUUGAGUCAUGGGGCGGAGGCAGGCGCAGGACAGCCAGUGCUGCAGAGGUCUGGUCGAGGCUCAACUAAGGUUCCAAUCAGCGAGCGGAGAUAUGCACCGCAGGGUGAGCCUACGGAUCCAGCUGCACAAGCAACAGCAGAGGCACUGCUAAGAGAAAUGACAAUAAGCCAAACAACAGGGAGCUGGGGAGGGAAGCCAGAAGUGUCCCCUCCAGAGCCCGAAACUUUUGACGAAGCAAGGGAUAGGUUGCAAGCAAUGUUGGGUGGCCAGGGGACCUCUUCAAGGGGCACUCUACAACGACAAAGGGAAGAAACACCAAGAACAGAAACUUCAUCAGGCACCCUGCCGAGACCUCGGGCAGGGCCACCUUCUCAUCCAUUCUCUUCUCUAGAUCGUUGGUACCCCGUGGGGCAGCCGGCUCUACAAGAGCCCGCUCAAGACUGGGGAGGGUAUGGAAUGCCUGGUGUCGCCGCCGGACGAAUACGAAACCCAUAUCUGGACACAGAAGAAGGAACAGAAGGCCCUCAAGGACCGACCCAACCAGCACAGAGAGGGCCAGGGGGACACGAAAUGCCUCCUCCACAACCUUAUCCACCCACGAGAUCUUCGACCCUGCCGAGACCUGGUACAGGGCCGCCUCCUCAACGAACCUCUUGGGCAUUUAUGGAGCUGAUUGGGGGCUGA